AUGAGUAAGGGCUGGGAGGAGGGGCCGUCGCCACCCAAGGCACCGACCCUGCCCCCGGCCCACGUGCUGCCUGGCCCACUGGCCCCAGACAGGACCGAGCCCUGGGCCCCCAGAGUCACCGGGCUGACCCCUCCCCGGGGGUCAGCAGCAAGGCCCGGGAGGAACAGGUGUGGGCAGGCCCGGGGGGCCCUGAGGACUCCCAGGCCCAGAGGAAGAGAGGCAGACGUGCACUCCCGGGCGGCAGAGCCAGGUUCCGGCGGGGGGGUGAGGUGGAGGGGGCGCCCAGGGCCAGUUCUAACGAGGGGCCAACUGCUCUCUGCCCCCCAGGGAGGGCAUUCAGUGGACCGCCUGCAGGGCACCAGUGACUGCAAGUUCACCCCGUGUCUCGUGCAGCGCGUGUGGGCUCGGCCCCCAGUUCGGUUUUCCAGGACUGCAGCCCAGGGGCGCCGGCACGGAGUCUCAGAGCAGAGCAGCCAACCAGCCCCGCGCAUCACCCCGCAGCCGGGCGAGAGCUGCGGGGUCAGCGAGCGCCCCUCCACGGCCCACCGCCGUCAGGGGCAGCCGUGCAGAGCCCCACUGGACACGAUCAGCAGUCCAGCUCUCGGCGACAGGGCCACGGACCCUGGGACCUCGGGAACCUCUCCCUUCUCAGGUGAGAACUUGUCCUCAGGCCCCUGGCCCAGGGCACAGCGGCCUCCCAUCUCCUCCCUCCUGCCAACGUUUGUGUCAUUGGUGGUUCCUUAGUGGAAACAGGAGAAACUAACUUGAGAUGGUGUGGAGGGAGGGGGGGGAGGGGGGAGAGGGGCCAGUGUUGGCAUGUGAUCUAGAAGGAGGCUGAGCUAGAAUGAGAAAAUCUGGGUUUUUAAGGGCAAGCCCAUGAGAUGA